AUGUCCGACUCGCAGCACAUCUCCUCCCCGCUCAACUUUCCUAGCAGCAGCCCCGCGAAGAGCGUCAGACGCAGCCAGCUCCGAGCAGCAGAAGCAGCGGGCCCACGAGGCAAUGGCCUCUCCUCUCCCCUCCACUUUCCGACAUCCUCGGUAGGCGACACGCCGCGUGGCAGCGCUCGUGCACCGCGCACACCCGCCUCGUCCUCC